AGCGACGCCCCGUGAGCCGGGCCCGCCUCGGCCCUUUCCCGGCGAUUCUCCCGGCCUUGGGCUCCGGUCCUGGAAGGCGGGCGUCCUGCAGCACGAUGCCCCCGCUCGGGCUCCUGCGCCGGAAGGCUGUGGCUGCGCUGCUCAGCCAGCUGGUGCGACCUCCCCGGGCCCCGUGCGUCCGGGGCCGGACGGCCGGGGGUCCCAGCCAGGUAGCAGAGGCAGUUUUAACAUCUCAAUUGAAACCACAUGAGGAGAAACCAAAUUUUAUCAUUAAGGUACCAAAGGGCACUAGAGAUCUUAGUCCUCAGCAGAUGGUUGUGAGGGAGAAAAUUCUUGAUACAGUUGUUAGCUGCUUUAAACGUCAUGGGGCAGAAGGAUUAGACACCCCAGCCUUUGAGCUGAAGGAAAUGCUCACCGAGAAGUCUGAAGAGAACUUUGGACUCAUGUAUGACUUGAUGAAUCAAGGUGGAGAGCUACUGUCCCUUCGCUAUGACCUUACUGUUCCUUUUGCGCGUUAUCUGGCCAUGAAUAAAUUGAAGAAGAUGAAACGCUAUCAAGUUGGAAAGGUGUGGCGGCGGGAGAGCCCUUCCGUAGCCCAGGGCCGUUACAGAGAAUUCUGCCAGUGCGAUUUUGAUAUUGCUGGUCAGUUUGACCCUAUGAUUCCAGAUGCAGAAUGUUUGAAAAUCAUUUGUGAAAUCCUAAGUGGAUUGCAACUGGGGGACUUUCUCAUUAAGGUCAAUGACCGGCGGAUUGUAGAUGGAAUGUUUGCCGUGUGUGGUGUUCCUGAAAGCAAGUUCCGUGCCAUCUGUGCCUCGAUGGAUAAACUAGACAAGAUGUCUUGGAAAGAUGUGAGACAUGAGAUGGUUGUAACGAAAGGCCUGGCCCCUGAGGUGGCUGACCGGAUUGGAGACUAUGUGCAGUGUCGUGGUGGGCUAUCCCUGCUAGAGGAAAUGUCCCAGGAUCCCCAGCUGUCACAAAACAAGCAGGCCGUGGAGGGUCUGAGGGACCUGAAGCUGCUCUUUGAAUAUCUGACUUUAUUUGGAAUCGCUGAAAAGAUCUCCUUUGACCUAAGUCUAGCUCGGGGUCUGGACUACUAUACAGGAGUGAUCUAUGAAGCAGUACUGCUAAAGACCACAGCUCAGGAUGGAGAAGAGUGCCUGAAUGUAGGCAGUGUGGCUGCUGGCGGGCGCUACGAUGAUCUGGUGGCCUCGUUUGACCCCAAAGGCUACAAGGUGCCAUGCGUUGGGUUGAGCAUUGGAGUAGAGAGAAUCUUCUACAUUGUGGAGCAGAAGAUGAAGACUUCUGGUGAAAAGGUACGGACCUCAGAAACCCAAGUGUUUGUGGCUGCACCCCAGAAGAACUUUCUUCAAGAACGAUUGAAGCUAAUUGCAGAGCUUUGGGAUGCUGGGAUCAAGGCAGAGAUGCUAUAUAAGGAGAACCCUAAACUGUUGGCCCAGCUGCACUAUUGUGAGAAUAUGGGCAUUCCACUGGUAGUCAUUAUUGGUGAGCAAGAACAGAAGGAAGGGACCAUUAAGCUCCGUUCAGUGGUCAGCAGAGAGGAGGAGGCCAUUAAACGGGAAAAUCUUGUGGCUGAAAUUCAGAAGCGUCUGUCUCUGUCUUGAUUGCCUGAUUGCCAUCUGCUGCCUUUUUGUAGAAAAGUUUUCAUACUGGAUUGAGUUCCUGAUGGACUUUACAACAGCUGGCCAGCAUGAGCGACAAGUGCCUUCUGCGUCCUCUUUCUGUCCUGGAUAAAGAUCUGUAGAAGGCUCUGAGGACUCAUGGGCUAGUAUAAACAGCUACUCUGCAUGGGAGCAGAUGGCUGGUAUGUGAAAGAAAAAGUCAUUCCAAUCGCAGAGGCAAAUUUGAACUGCGUGACAUGCUGUCAAGAGGUGCUGGGUUGGUUAAUGUGAGCAAGGCUCUGUAAGAGUCACCUCAGGUUGACGAUCCAUUCAUCCACUGAUAUCAGAAGCCAGAUACUUAGUUUUUUACUGUAGCUUUGGAACCGGAUUCUGAACAAUUUGCUUACGUCCAGCCAUUGGCCUGUCCAUGGAAUUUUGGAAAGAUAGAAUGAACAACAUUGGUUUUCUGCUUUGAAGAUAGAGAUGUUGUCCUAAGAGUGUGGCAGUGCCUAUAUUGAUAUCGUCUACUGGUAACAAUCGCACAAUGGGGCUAUCCUUAAUUUUCUUGAUUUUUGAACUUAGUAACUUACUUGAUAAGAUGAAGAUCUGAUCUUUGGAGAUUUUGGAGCCCAUUCUCUGUGCCAGAAUCAGUGCUUUGAUUAUUCUUAUCAUGGAGACUGUUCUAGAAGUAGUUUGGUAAUAUGUGAAAUAAAAUAUUAAGGGAAGUA